GGAGGUCACCGAAAAUAUUCAUUCUUAGGUUUUUUUUCAUGCGUAAUAAUUAGUGCUUCUCGCACGGACUGUUUUAAGUUGAACAUAUGUCAAGAAUGUUAAAUGCGCUAGGCACAGAAUGAUACCUCUCGAUAUUUGUUCAACAUGAGCUCUCCAGACAGCGCUCUCAUGGUUGUCAUAUCGCGGCUUACCACACAGAGGCACUCAAGCUCUUCCUAUGAACCUGAUAAUCAUUGUUUUGAGAAGAUGUGCUGAGGGAUCCAACUACUACAUACUACACAUUUUAUUGUUUUGCACAGAGAUGCACAGUAUCUCGCUGUAUAAGACGGGAUCUCUGCCAUGUCCAUUUAGGUCGUUUUUUGUUGUAUCUGAAAUAACCAACGUUGGGGGUGUAUCAGUGAGGUAUGACUGAGGAAGCGGUUUGUUUCGGAGAUAACAGUCUGUGCCAGGUCCUCUUACUGGUCACUUCUCAUGCAGAACGCGUCGCCAAAGGAACACGACACGGCUGCGCUGUAUAACCUGCCAGACGUCACCAACUCCAGCAACCAAAUGUCUCGUAAUGCUUUAUUAGAGAGGACUGGGGAUUUGUGUGAUUGUUCUCGAAUUUGAUACCGUUAGGCUGGCUCGGGUUUUCCUGGUGGAUUUUAGAGUGUUUGCUUGUUCUCUCUCCAACGGACAGAGGAGGAGAAACAACGUGCUCUGAAUGCAGAGCAGACUUAAACUAACAUUCUAACAUCUGUUUGACCGCAGACAGAGACUAGGACCAUUUAAAAGAUCAUUCCUUAUUCUCGGCGGGUCAAACACAUUUAGGUAUCACAGAGCAUUUGUUUUUCUUGUACUGCUCUAUUUCGGUUUACUCAGCGUAUUUUUUUCUCUGGAACCCCUUUGCCGUAGUUGGGGAGGACAAUAUCAGGCUACUGCUGAGAAAGGGGAAAAUAUUGAAACAGUCAAUAGCAAAGCUGAAGUCUCUGUCUAUUGAAAUGCAGUAGUGCUUCGUCCAGAGUCAUUAUGGCUUCGCUCUAUCAGAGAUUUACGGGGAAGAUCAACACUAACAAAUCUUUUCCGCACCCACCUGAGGCCAGCCACCUUUUGGGCGGACAGGUCGUCGACGAGGAGAAAGCUGGGAACAACCCUGAAACCGCAACAGACGGUCGUCUCCGCGUACAGUACCGAAAGAAAAAUGUCUGCGAAGAUGAAGAUGAGCUGGUGGGGAGCAGUCCGCCUCAGAGGAACUGGAAGGGGAUCGCCAUCGCCCUGCUGGUCAUCCUGUUCAUCUGCUCGCUCAUCGUCACCUCCGUCAUCCUGCUGACCCCGAAUGUGGAUGACAGCUUGGUGGGGAAGAAGAAGAUAACGGUGGAACACGUCUUCAGCAAAGACCUUCAAAUCCACGAUCCCGAGGCUACGUGGCUUAGCGACAAUGAAGUGUUGUUCCGCAGCCGAUCGGGAGACCUGGUCAAGCUCAACGUGGAGACCAACAGGACAGACGUGUUGGUGGAGGGCAGCAUGUUUAAGAGACACUCAGCAAGCAGGUACCAGGUGUCCCCGGACAUGACACACGUGCUGCUGGCCUUGAACAUUGAGCCCAUCUAUCAGCACUCCCAUAUGGCUGACUACAUCAUCUGCAGUCUCUCCACACCAGACGUCCAUCCUCUGAACCCGUCAGAGGUGCGCAGCAGUAAGCUGCAGUACGCAGGGUGGGGGCCCAAAGGCCAGCAGCUGAUUUUCAUCUUUGAGAACAACAUUUACUACCGAGCUGCGGUGAACGACAGAACCAUUCGCCUGGUGUCCACCGGGGAAGAGGGCGUGGUGUUCAACGGCCUGAGCGACUGGCUGUACGAAGAGGAGGUCUUCCAGACUCACAUCGCCCACUGGUGGUCUCCUGAUGGACUCAGGCUGGCGUAUGCCACCAUCAAUGACACACGGGUGCCCAAGAUGGAGAUCCCCAUAUUCACAGGCACUCCAUACCCUGUGUCAAGAGAAUAUCGCUACCCCAAGGCCGGGGAGGAGAACCCCGUCAUCCAGCUGUUCGUGGUGAGUCUGAACGGGCCGCCUCACACCGUGGAGAUGAGGAAGCCGGAGGACCCCCGCAUCGGGAGUGAGUACUACAUCACCAUGGUGAGGUGGGCCACGAGCACCAAGCUGGCAGUCAACUGGCUGAACAGAGCCCAGAACAACUCCAUCCUCACCCUGUGCCAAGCCACCACCGGCAUCUGCACCAAGAAACACGAGGACGAGAGCACGAGCUGGCUGCACCGACAGAAUGAAGCGCCGCUGUUUUCUGAGGACGGCCUCAAGUUCUUCUUCACCAGAGCGCAGGGGGGCGGAGGCAAUUUCUUCCACAUCACCAUGUCAUCUUCUCAGCCCAACAGCAGUAUAGACACGCUGCAGUCGGUGACGUCUGGGAACUGGGACGUCACUCAGAUUCUGGCCUGCAGCAAGGAGAGACAGCUGAUAUACUUCCUGCGCACUGAGGAGGACGAUCCGAGUCGAAGGCACCUGUACAGUGCAGACACCUUCGCCCCUUUCAACCGCCGCUGCUUGUCCUGUGAUCUGAAGUGUGGCUACGUGAGUGGAUCCUUCAGCCCGGACACCCAGUACUUUCUGCUCAACUGCAAAGGUCCUGGAGUUCCCUACACUGCUGUGUACAGCGUGAGAGAUGGCCAGUUUCAGAGGCUGCUUGAGGUGGAGACCAAUGAGGCUUUGAACAGCACUGUCAACGAUAUGCAGAUGCCCCGACUGGAAUACAAGAACAUCACGAUAGACGGUCACACUCUUCCUGUUCAAAUCCUGAAGCCAGCUACAUUUACAGACUCCGCUCUCUAUCCCUUACUGCUGGUCGUGGACGGCACGCCCGGCAGUCAACAGGUCUCGGAGCAGUUCCACGUGGACUGGACCUCGGUGUUGGUCAGCAGCUUCAACACCAUCGUCAUGCGCUUUGACGGGCGCGGCAGCGGCUUCCGCGGCACAGACUUUCUCCACGCGGUGCAGCGGCGGCUGGGCGCCCUGGAGAAGAGUGACCAGCUGGAGGCCCUCAGCAUCAUCGCUAAAGAGAGCUACAUUGACAAGAGUCGAAUGGGAGUGUAUGGCAAGGUGUACGGAGGGUUCGUGGCCACCUUGCUGCUGAGCUCCGAGGUGUCGGAGAUGAAGUGUGGAGCGGCCGUCUCGCCCAUCACUGACUUCAACCUAUACGCCUCCGCAUUCUCAGAGAGGUACCUCGGCCUGAAGAAGACCAACCCACGAGCAUACGAGAUGGCGAAUUUGGAACACAGAAUGGAAAUGUUUCAGGAUAAGAAGUACCUGCUGGUUCAUCCGACAGCGGAUGAGAAGGUCCAUUUCCAGCACACGGCAAAAUUCAUCACCCAGUUAGUCGAGGAACAGGCUAAUUAUACCCUUCAGAUCUACCCUGACGAGGGCCACUUCCUGCACAGCCCGAGCUUGAAGCAGCACCUGAGCCAGUCGCUGGUCAACUUCUUCGAGGAGUGCUUCCGGCCGCCGGAGGUCCUGAUCGAGGAGGAGGUGGAAACGGACAACGAGGACGACGGCUAAAAAAAAAAAAGGACCC